AAUCCAACGAAAUAAAAUUCUCUUUCUUCAAACUCCAAACUCCUGCUUCCUCGUAAAAUCCUCUAUCAAAACCACAAUUUUGAAGUUGUAUCACCACCUCUAGUCGGCGGCGCUUCUUCCACCGCGAAUUUCAAUUUGGGGAACUUCCAAUUCCAACCACCUCUACCUCUUUGCCGCUACUAUUCUCCGUUUUCACCACACUAAUAGAAGCUUAAUCUUGACAAUGCCUCAUAGAGCGCGGCCUAUGACAGGGAUUCUUUUGUUUUUUGGCCUGAAUGCGGUUUUGGUGUCGACAAUUUCACCUGUCUAUGAUUAUGUGUGCUUUCAUCCUUAUUGGGAAAGAAGGCGAGAAAGGCUACGUUUAGAACGCGAAGCUUCCAUGGGAAAAGGCUCAAUGUCGGCUUAAUUUUCAGCUUCAACAUUAAGCUAACUCUUGUGUUAGAGAUCGGUUGCAUGAGCAAAGGAGCAUGUAGCAUAAAAGAAAAAAGGACUGUAAAUUUCCAAACUGAAAGAGGAGACUACUAGGAGAGACAGUUUGGUUGUAUUUGACACUAAAUUCCAUUUUUUUUCCUGAAUUUUGAUUGAAAACAAAGCAAUUUUAAGGGACUUUGUUUCAAUUGAAUGAAGGAAAUAGUUGACAAUGAAAUGGGUAUGUAGUAUGUACUGUAUAGUUGUAUCAAUUAUUUAGCAUGAGCAUACAAACAAUUAUUGCCUGAUUUGAGGGCAUGA